AUGAGUGGUCAUAGGUGGUGGUUCAUGGCGGUUGUGGUGGUGGCGUGUUGGUGGAAAGGUGUUGCACCACAACAACAGCCACAACAGGCUCCGGCGAUAUGGGUGAUGGGAGAUUCCUUGGUGGAUAGUGGGAAUAACAACUUUCUUAGUUCUUCUGCUAAAGCUAAUUAUCCUCCUUACGGCUGUGAUUAUUAUCGCGGUCCUACUGGUAGAUUUUGUAACGCAAGAACGUUUAGUGACAUACUUGGAGAUUGGUUGGGAAUAGCUGCUCCACCUCCAUUUGCAGAUCCCAGCACAACUGGAGACAAGAUCAUGGGUGGUGUCAAUUAUGCUUCUGCUGCAGGGGGUAUCCUUGAUGAAACUGGCCAACACUAUGGAGAUCGAUACAGCUUGAGCCAACAAGUUGUGAAUUUUGAGACAACUUUAAGCCAAUUGAGAACCAUGAUGAGCCCCUCAAACCUCUCUCAACUCCUCUCCAAUUCCAUAGUAGUUAUGGUUUUCGGCAGCAACGAUUACAUCAACAACUACCUCUUGCCAAACAUAUAUGAUACAAGCCGCACUUACACGCCCGACGCAUUUGCAAACCUCCUUCUUAACCGUUACGCCACCCAAAUUCACGCACUAUACAGCCUAGGACUACGGAAAUUCUUUCUACCAGGACUCGGACCGCUAGGGUGCAUACCUAACCAGUUAGCCACUGGUCAAGCCCCUCCUGGGAGAUGUGUGGACUCGGUGAACCAGAUGUUGGGACCUUUUAACGAGGGGCUCAAAAGACUUGUUGGUCAGUUCAAUGGUGGCUCGCACCCUGGAGCUAUGUUUGUGUAUGGAAACACAUAUGGUGUGUUUGGUGACAUCAUGAAUAAUCCUGCUGGAUAUGGCUUUACAGUGAGAGAUAGAGCAUGUUGUGGGAUAGGAAGGAAUCAAGGACAGAUAACGUGCCUCCCGUUAGCAACACCAUGUUUCAACCGCGAUCAAUAUGUGUUUUGGGAUGCUUUUCAUCCGACUCAAGCUGCGAAUGGUGUGCUGGCUCAGAGAGCCUACUCGGGAUCCAAUAAUGACAACUUUCCUAUGAACGUUCAGCAAUUGGCUCAAACUAGGUUGUGAAACGUGUAACAUGUUUUGGGUCAUGGUCUUGGUGUUUUCUAGCUGGUUUUUACAGACAAAUUUAUGUUUGUGUGAUUUGUUGAUUAUAAAAAAUAUUUAUUACU